AUGGAUCUAGAUUUUUCUGAUCUAGAAUUUUCUUCGAAUCAAUUACAAUCAAUAGUAAGCAAAGCUUACAAAUAUUCAUCAGGAAACAUUUUGGAUUAUUCCGAACAAACCUCAUUUCCUUUAUCCUAUCCUCAACCUAUUGAAAGUAAUGAGUUAAAAUUUGAGAAUGUGCCAAUUGAUGAUGAAGAUUAUAAAGGAGCAUAA